AUGGAUGAUCGUGUUCAAGAGGCUGAGUAUCAGGCAAUGCCAGGAAGAGGACGUGGUACUGCCAGAGGAGGAGGCGGUGCUGCCAGAGGACGCCGUGCUGCCAGAGGACGCGGUGCGCGUAGAGGACGCAGUGCUGCUGCUAGAGGACCUGGUGGUGGAGGACACCAUCUAGUAGAUGAGGCAGAUGAGGCCGCUCCCAUUCCAGAGGCCGUUCCCGUUCUAGUCCAUCCGCAGCCAUUCCAGGCCAGUGCCAGCUCACCUGGACAGUCACCUAGGUUUACGUCGGCACUCCUACUUAUUGAGAUACCUGGGUGUUCAUCUCAGCCGAGCCAGAAUGCGUACAUAGAGGAGCGUGAUGACGUCGAUUGGGCGGCGUUACGCGCGCCAUUAGCUGAUGAGCGGCCUUUGAGGAAUUUAGAUGGACCCAGAAUUCUUGACUUCGAUGACUUUUUAAUCCCGGAUUCGGCGCUAGUGGGUUCACAAGAGCGACCCACUCAGGCGUUUUCUCAUGGGCCUGCCGAGCCAACGGUGUCUUCCCAUGUGACUGUCGAGCCACAGGAUUCGGCGCCAGUGGGUCCACAGCAGCGACCCAUUCAGGAUCCUACCGAGCUACAGGUGUCUUCUCAAGAGACUAUCGAGCAACGGGAGACUACCUCAUAUUCAGCACCAGACCCAUCUCAGGAGCCUACAGACCCACCUCAGAAGCCUACUCAGGCGCCCGUCGAUACACAGACUCAUCCUUCGGCGCCUGCGAUGGAAACUCCCGACGAGGAAGAGGUGGAGUUUCCAGACCCAGAUCAACCUAAGGUUCUGACCGUACCAGCGGGACUAGAUCCCAAGAAGAAGCACGUUAUAGUCAAGGGCGAGGGGAAGAGGAGAUGA